AUGGCCUUUCGAUUACGGGGCGGGCAUACCUUUCUGUGGGAUUGUGCCGCCAUUUUCUUCUACAAGCAUCCUUUUGCCUUUUGGAUCCAUCCACAAGACCUCAAGGCUUCCACAAUCGAACUUGCUUCAAUGGCAGAUGAGAGCAUGGGAUCAUCUAUAAAUGCAGCCAACGAUACUCUCGACCGGGUUGCCCAUAUACCGAAUCCUAACAUCUUUCUGGAUAUGCCCGACCACGAUGUGCUACCUUCCACCGAUGUUACGUAUCGAGGGUUAUCAACUACCUUGAUUGAACAUCCUCGCAUACCGACUAUGUUUCUUCUGGAGUUCAUAACAUUCGAUGGCCUUCGGGCUUACCAGCCAUGCUGUGAGAACAUUGAUCUCCCCAACAUCUUCAGACCAUUGCGCGCUAUUGAAGAUGAUAGCGAUCCAGUUUUCGAGGCAACUCGUGAAUGGUCAUGCAUCAUCCAAGCCCGCCAACACCUACUCAAGGAUGUCAGACAGAUUCUGGCACUUAAGAUGUGGCCUUGGCUUAUGCAUUGGUAUCCAGUUGCCGACAACCUUUUCACAAAGUUUGAUGUUUUUGCCACGACACCAGAAUCAGAUUGGUUCAUGAGACCUCGAGCGCGCCCCAGAUCACCGUCGAGACCAGCCAAGCAGGUUGAAAGCACGGCAGGACACCCGUCAUCCCCCAUAUCUAAUCUCGUAGUGAACUCAGAAGCGGACGAUACAGACCGUCUAAUCGCGCCAAUACCCUUGAGUAUAUUCAACCGGUCUAGCCGUCCAUCUCAAGCCAUUGAGAUCAAUACCGAUGGUCAAGCAGCCGUAUUCGACCCAACUCCAGGUAGCCGAGUAUUCACUUCCCAGGGACGUCUUGGUAGUGCAAGCACCAGUGGUGUUUCAAGGCCGUGGUUUCGGUACAACCAUAUUGUUGAAGGGUCAUCAGCUCUCGGUGUUACAGACACAACUUCUUUUCGACCCAAUCCUUUAGCCGAGCAAUUUGUGCCUCUGGAGGAAUUCUAUGAGGAAGAUUUGUUUGAAUCUGCCAGUGACUCCUCCUGCUCGGUCUGCGAAUCGCUAUUGAUUAAGAAGACGAGAAUGUAUCAUCAGAAGCACAGUCUGACCCUUUGGAAUUGGCAUGACUACGAGAAGUUCUUUCAGUGGGUAGUUUGA